AUGAUAAUCGGCCUCAACGAGUACUCCCACGACACUUCCAUGGCCAUCAUCCACGCUGACACGGGUUCUCUCCUCUUCGCCAUGUCGAAGGAGCGUCUCACUCGUCGCAAGCACGACGGCGGUGAUGUGUCUCUGCUUAUGCGUCGCGGCCUUUCCGCCCUUGCCGACCAAUUCGCUUUCACCGAUGUCGCUGCCUUUGCAGAAGGCAUACAACUCGUCGUCGCUAACAACCACCACUUUCGUGUGGCACCCUUCGAGAGGAGGCUCCCACUCCAGAUCGCACUAAACUAUGCCCCCGCUUCCACGCACACCGCCUGGAACCUUAUCGGCACUCCAGCUGGAAGGCUCCUCGCUCCCCUGAAUCUUGCCUCCAAAGCUACCAAAAUUGAGAUCAGUCACCACCUGGCGCAUGCAUAUUCCGCUGUGUAUUCCGCACCGGUUGCUCGAGGUAUCGUCAUCGUCAUGGAUGGUAUGGGCGACAACCGCGACGACUGGGUGCGCGCCGCGUUUCACGGGGAGAAGAGUUAUUACUCUGAAGAAAGAGUGUGCGACGACGCGCCUGGCUUCCUACAGUUUCCAUCCCAUGUGCAUGAGGCGAGGGGAGUGGGGUACAGGGAGGCAGAGACUGCCUAUCGCUUCACAAAGGACGGGCGUAAUGUCAAGUUGGAAAGGUUGUUUAAGAGAUGGACCCCUGAGAAUGAACCCCCCGAGCUGCCAAAUCAUUCUUUUGAGGAAAUGGAUUCUGUAGGAGCUGUUUACAGCAGAGUUGCCGCCAUUAUCUUUCGGGAUUGGAAUGCGUGUGGGAAGGUACGUAUCGAAUGCUUGUCAAUAAACGAAAUCGUUGUCAUCAUCAACGACAAUAGUCAUCACUUUUCUGAUCGUGGAGUCCAGUACAGUCAUUGUUUUGAGCUGCUGACUAACAGUUUUCAAUUCGUUCUGUUUGUUCGCCGGGUGUUGUUCCAAGGUGAUGGGCUUAGCUCCGUACGCUGA